AUGAGAAUGCGGCGCCACAGGGUGUUCUUGCUGUGCACGGUUGGGCUGUGUGUCAUCUCCUUCCUGCACUACUACAAGGCCCUCCAUUAUGUGUCCCUACUGCGUGAGCUGUCCGCACCGUACCCUAACAUCAAGUCCAUCAUUAUGGUUACCGGAUUCUUCUGGCAAGAGAAAAGAACUGAAACCGGUACGCAGCUCAGCCCCGCUUACCCCGAGGAGGCGCCCCCACUCCCGGUCGUCUACCCGUCGGACACCAAAGCCAGAGGGGGCGCUUUGGUGGGAAUGGCGACAGACGAGAUUGAGGUAGCAGUGGGAUCUAACAUGUUGGGCAAUGGGGGACUGGAGAUGAGGGCCAUGGAGGUGCCGGCGCCUCCUCAUCCUUGGGAGAAACCAGAUGAUGGACUGAAAGUUGACAUUCAGACACAGCAGGAAAACCAUCCCAACCCACCUGUGCACACUCACGCGCCACAAGACCCGGCCCACCCGGCACCGUUCCGUAAGGUCAAACCGCCCCCGGACUUGUUGGAAUCCAUGGGCGACCUGCACACUCGCACUUACCAGCUGCGAGAUGACAAGACCUCGUUCUUCGCUCGAACCCGAGCUGGAGCACUGUGCUUCCGGCAGGGCACUGAAGUGGCCAGCCCCAGGGAGAAAGCGGGCGUCGCCAAGGAGGGUGGCCGCAACACCGCCCAGCGAAAACCUCUGGAGGUCCAACAGCAGGCCUCGAUCACAUCCAAAACCAGGGUCAUUCGGGGUGGCAAGCGGCUGGUGAAGUGCGUGUGCCGGCCCGGCUGGCACGGACCCUACUGCGGAGUGCCCACCAUGGUGUACCACUCCAACCUGCCAACCAAGGAGCGGCUAACGCCCAGAGAGACGCCUCGCCGCGUCAUUAACGCCAUCAAUGUCAACCAUGAGUUUGACCUGCUGCACGUACGCUUUCACGAGCUGGCACAGGCUGUAGACCUUUUCAUUGUGUGCGAAUCCAACUUCACCGCCUAUGGGGAAAAAAGACCUCUCAGUUUUUUGCAUCUGCUCCUGAACGGUACUUACGACUAUGUGCGCCACAAGAUCCUGUACGUUUUCCUGGAUCAUUUCCCUGAAGGCGGUCGGCAGGAUGGCUGGAUAGCAGAUGACUACCUUCGCACCUUCCUGACGCGCAAUGGUAUGUCACGGGUAGAGGGCGGCCGGCCGGACGACGUCUUCGUCAUUAAUGACGCCGAUGAGAUUCCAGCCCAUGAGGGCCUCCUCUUCCUCAAACUCUUUGAUGGCUGGACAGAGCCCUUCGCCAUUCACAUGCGCAGGUCUCUGUACGGCUUCUUCUGGAAGCAGCUUGGCUCCCUGGAGGUGGUAUCGGGCUGCACGAUGGGCAUGCUGCGUGCCGUCUACGAUGGCGACGGCAUCAAGCUGCGACGACGCGAGUACUACACCAUGGCGGGCUUCCGCAAGUACGAGAAUGACACGGGCCACAUCCUGGUGCAGUGGUCAUUGGGCAGCCCUUUUCACUUCGCCGGUUGGCACUGCUCCUGGUGCUUCUCACCUGAGGGCAUCCUCUAUAAGCUGGUGUCGGCCCAGAACGGUGAUUUCCCGCGCUGGGGCGACUACGAGGACAAACGCGACCUGGGUUACAUCCGCCAGCUGAUCCGAACCGGCGGCUGGUUUGACGGCUCGCUGCAGGAGUACCCGCCUGUGGACCCCAAGGAGAUCAUGUACGCCCCCAAGUACAUGCUGGACCACUACCCACGAUACCGCUACCUCCUGGAAAACCCCUACGCCGGACAGCGUUGA